AUGCAUUUUUCAAAGACAUACCAACAAAUUUUACUUACUCUUCCUCCCGAACUGAGGGACAGUGCCAUUGAAUACCGCAAACUCAAGAAGCUCAUCAAUCAGGUAGUGCAAGAGCUUACGUCGUUGGGUCUCUCGCCAAGAGUUCUGCAGCAGGUUCUCCAACGGAAUGAUUCUGACAAUGCGUCCGAUGGGCACGACCAUACCGACAAUGGUGGACAUGCGAUAAAGGUUUUUUAUGAGCUUGAGGAUGCUUCAGAUCAUGUCAAACCGCAUCUACGGCUGCGUAUCGAGACGGAUGACAAUCAGGGUCCUCUUGUGUCGUCUAUCCCGAUACCUUCCUCAAUCUCAACUUAUAACCCGGCAUUAUCAAACGUCCAGCGAGAGCCUUCAUUGGCGUUAGCCAAAGACAGGGAGAGUGCCCUAUUUUCCUGCGGCUCUCCCUCCAGCAUGCAGACUGAGCAUAUCGAUACCUCAUUAGAUGCACGCGGACGAGUCAUUCCCUUGGCAUCGGACACAGCUUUUUUCGCGUUGCUGAUGCAUACCCUCCAAUACUUAUCCGAGCGCCUCACAUAUGUGCGUUCGGACUUCGAGGCAAGCCUGCAUGAACUCUCGCAUGAGAUAUCGGUCACCACGAGACCUAUGUCCUCCUCAUCUUCUUUCUACCCGUCCUCUCAACACUCCACAAAUCCUGCUUUCGUGACCGUCCAUACCCCCUCCACUUUCUUCUCAUUUUCCAAGUCUGAUUUGUAUGCUUGGAGGGAGGUCUUUCAACUUUACGUGGAGGCGGAGAUUUUCGAGAGUCAAUCGGAGUUGUCUAGAGGCGAGAGGACGAGGGAAGACUCCGAGCAGCGCCUCGUAGCCUUCGGCCGCACGUUGCAGAAUAGAGGACUUGCUGGUGGACAACGCUUCAAAUUGAAGGAGAGUGCGCAAGCCAUGCGGUCAUUCCUGCGCCUACUCGCAUUUAUACAGGAUUUGAAGAAGUUUCAAUUUGCCACCGCUGAAGCGACCCGGAAGAUUUUGAAGAAACAUGUCAAGCGCACAGCGUUACCUCUUGCACCUGCACUAUCGUCGCAAUUAUUUAUCCCCAAUGAUGCUAACUUAUCCUUCAUGUUACUAUCUCAAUCAACACCUAGUGUCUUCACAUCCCUUUUCCCCAAUCCUGGUGUUUCGUUGUCCAAAUUAUUAGGGCAAGCCGUCGGCGAGCAAAUCUUGCCGAUCAUCCCGCAUGUCGAUGAUUAUUCCUGCCUCAUCUGUACCAGCAUCGCCUUCAAGCCUAUACGCUUACAGUGUGGCCAUUUAUUCUGCGUGAGAUGCCUGGUUAAGAUGCAGAAACGGGGCGAAGACCAUUGUCCCUUAUGUCGUGCACCCACUGUUCUCUCGGCCAAUCGCUCAAACGUUGACUGGGCGCUCCUCAAUUUCAUGAAGGACUGGUUUCCCAUUGAAGCGAAGGAGAAACUCCAGCAGAAUGAGAAGGAGGCGGCCGAGGAGGAUAUGAGGGAACUCGGUAUCGAUGUCAAUGGUUGCACUAUCAUGUGA